GCCAACAGGCCACCAGACAGGAGGCAGGGCCUCCGAAAAGCUGACGAUCCCGUCCUUCACCGGGAUGAUGUCGACGACAUAGGACUCGUCCUCUACCAGAACCUCGGAGGCAAAGCAUGGGUGGCAGCAGAAGAGCUGUCACUCCCCAGGCUGGCCUCUAACGAUGGCGUGAACUAUCUGGUCUCCUGGAUAAAUGCUCGCUUCUUGGAUCUGGAGGUCGCUCGCAUUGGUCGCGCGUUCAGUGACUUCUUCAGACGAUUGAGGCGUAAGCAGGGCCAGAUUAUCCGCGAGUACAACACCGAGUACGACAGGCUUUACGCCAGACUGAGAGAGGUCGGUUGCUCCCUUCCUGAAGAGUGCGCGGCUUGGUUAUAUUUGGACAGGCUCUCCCUUGACGAGCCCCAAGAGCUCAACCUCCUGGCGUCGGUCGGCAAUUCCUACAGUCUUCAUCGCCUUCAACAAGCUGCUGUUCUUCACGAUCGUGGGCAGAGAAAGCCAUGGGAAAGCAACCGCAGCAACAGAAGGCCACACACCGCCCAUGUGACCGAUGCGGGCGACGAGUUGUCCGAUGAAGAGGGGUCGGACUUGGAGGAUGGUGUGCCGGAAGACGUGGCCGUUGCCUACGCGACUUACCAGAGCGCAAAGGAACGUUACAAGGAACAAGCAAGGUCUCGCGGCUACCAAGGCGACCGUGGCGGGGACAAGCAGAAGGCGAAGCCUGCCGACCCUGGGCGAGAUGAGAAGAUCAGGCUCAUGAAGAGCAAGUCUUACUGCAACAGUUGCGGGAAGAAGGGACAUUGGCAUAAAGACCCAGAGUGUCCGAACAAUGUUCACCAGGUUCGCGAUGUUGAAGUUUGCCACCAUGUGCCUGCUGAAGUCUUCAGUCUUCGCCACGACGGGGAAAGCCUGGUUGGGAUCACGGACACCGCGUGCGCAAAGUCCGUUGCGGGCACCGGCUGGCUCCAGAGCUACAGCAACCAGAUCGCGGCCGUCUUCCAGAAGCCCGAGCUGAUCAAGGAGGCCGAGGCGUUUCGCUUCGG